AUGGGAGGAAUCACGCUGAGCAUACCGUUUACAGACAGAUUCAGUCAAGGUCUGCAAGGUAUCGUGGAGGUGCAAGCUUCCGAUUUACUGGAGAAUGCGAGUGUCAGCAGCCUCAUUGGCGUUCUUAACGCGAAAUUUCGAGCUGCGUCCGACGAGAAAGGAAGUGCACGCAUUGUCGACAACAUGUUACUGUAUGGAGCCGAGCUGGAUCACAGUAGAGAGCUCGACGCUGUUAUUCCCGACUUGACAUCCAGUUCUGCACGUCUCGUCGCUCGAACGAGGUUCAUUCCUCGAUUUGUGGACGUCACCGUAAAGACUCUAACAGGGAAAUGCAUGUUCCUGUCAGUCCCAGUGAAUUACACAGUCGGAGAAUUAAAAAAACAGAUUUACGAUCGUGAAGGCAUCCCACCUGACCAGCAGCGUCUCGUUCUUGAUGGAAGGGCACUUGAAAAGAGGAACACGCUUGAGCAUUACGACGUGAAAGCAGAAUGCACUUUGCACCUAACUCUCAGGAUGAGAGGAGGAGGAGGCCCCAUAGACUUUGCUGAUCUUGAUUAUGAAGACACGUGGCUGGUGGAGCUGCAACUCGAUGCCAAAGCCCCGGGGUGGCGAACAUGCACUGAGGGUAUCAACAUAGAAGGGGAGUGCAAGAAUCGUCGCUGUAAGGCCUUUGGAGAGAUGGUCAUUCAUCAGAACGGAUACGAAGCGUUCAACCUCUCGACCGAUACAGACGUCAAGUGUCCGAUAUGUAAGAAACCAUUCCCGCCAAUCACGUGCGGAUUCUACAAUUGUGCAUGGAAAUUCGACGGCAAGCGCUCGCGCGACGACUUUUCCAUCAGCUCGACUUGGAGAAAUGCUCGAGGUGAAAAGUAUUAUCGAUUUGAUACCGACCAAGCUGGAGCUACGGUCAAGUGGGACAGUCUCCUCAUUGUGGCCAAGUCAAAACGUGAUGCCAUCGCGCUAUCUGCCGUGUGCCAUUUAUCAAGUUGCGUCCUCGAAGACGCAUCGAGUCAGCAACCAGGUUCGAGGGCUCGACAUUUGGACUCCAGGACGCCAACAUCUGCGAAUAGAAUGUGCAAUUGUGGCAAUGUUCCGGUUUACUCGCAAUUACACCCAAACGAUCGCACCAGGUUGCUUGGCGACGUAGAAUGCGGGAGCAAGAUGAAGGUGGACUUUGACAAGAGACGUCUGGUUGCGCUGUUUGGUACGGAUGGACCUAUCAACUUUCAAAAACCUUUUUUCAUCAUGUGCUUUAGUCACGCUGCGCCCAUCGUGAUCUUGCCGCUGAUGUUCAUCUACUAUCGCGUUUGGGGUAGUCCAGAAGAUCAGCGAUCUGGUUUCAAUCUUCUUCGAGUGCUCGAGCGUCACUCCGUGAUCCCGCUGUCCAGACUCUGGCGACUAUCCGCCUUCUUUGGAGUGUUCUACCUCGUCUCCGACUACUUCUGGUUCUCCUCGUUCAAGAACUUAGCUGUGGCUACAGGAGCUGCGAUCUUCAACAGCUCGCCGCUCUUUGUGUACUGCUUCUCCAUCUGCCUACUAAGCGAGCAAAGCGUCGAUCAAGAAGCUCUCAGGCGUCUUGACAGCGUUCGGCGGAGUGAUGAUGGUCGUGAUGAAUCAAGGCGGGGAGAUAACGACGAGGAAGCCAAAGGAGCGAGCAUUGUAGCGGCAAUGAUGAUGCUGACAGCCGCAGCGAUGAGUGCCAUGUUUUCUGUCACUCUUUCGAAAUUUAUAGGGGACGAUAUGAACGACAUCUUCACUCUCUUCGCCUUUUCUGGACUGUGUGGUGUGUUCGCCUUCCCGCCGUGGAUUAUUGGCACAAUUUUCUUCGCCAACAGCCCGAUCCCUUCGCUUUACGAAGACGUGGGGCUCCCUACCAAUGAAGAAGGGGGGCUUCGCGUUGACUGCGGCUAUCGUCUUCUUCGUGAUCAAUUUCGUCUGUUUGAGUCCUGCGAUCUGCUGGACGUCGCCACUUGA